UAAUCAGAAUCAGCAGGUUUGGAGUCAGACUGGCAGGGAUCAGCAGCCUGGCUUGUGAGGAGGGGGUAUAAAAGCCCCCCGGCCUGGGAGCACCCAUCUCAGACGUCCACCAGCUCCUAACAGGAUGGCUGCCCGUCAUUUACUUCUCCUUUGCCUCGCUGGACUGGUAUUUGUAUCUGAGGCUGGCCCUGUGGGCACUGGAGAAUCCAAGUGUCCUCUGAUGGUCAAAGUCCUUGAUGCCGUCCGAGGCAGUCCCGCUGUUGGCGUGGCCGUGCAAGUGUUCAAAAAGGCUGCUGAUGGGACUUGGGCACCAUUUGCCUCUGGAAAAACUGUUGAAACUGGAGAGCUGCAUGGGCUCACGACAGAUGAGCAGUUCGUAGAAGGGAUGUACAAGGUGGAAUUAGAUACCAAAUCCUACUGGAAGGCCCUCGGCAUCUCCCCGUUCCACGAAUACGCAGAGGUUGUUUUCACAGCCAAUGACUCUGGCCACCGGCACUACACCAUCGCGGCGCUGCUCAGCCCUUACUCCUACUCCACCACCGCCGUCGUCAGCAACCCCCAGGAGUGAGCGGCCAGGUCGAGAAGGGGCCAAAUCGGGUGUAACUGGCAGUAUUUGUAUUCUGUUUACACUGAAACAGUGUUUUCAUUCCAUAAGCUACGUUAGGAACUCAGAAAAGCAUCAUCAAACAUUUCUAUUAAAACACCUCUCAUUACAUUUGAA